AUGUGGGAUGGUGUGAAAAUUGUGCAUGGUAAACCACGCCACAGCCAAACACAAGGAUCCAUCGAAAGGGCAAACCAAGAUUUCAAAAAUAUACUGAGAGCUAUGAUGGAAGAUAAUGACACUACAAAAUGGUCAGAAGCAUUACCAUUUGUCCAAUUUGUGAAAAAUACGACGUAUCAUCAAGGUAUUAAGCAAACGCCAUACGAAGCUAUGUUUGGCACUAAAGCACAAAGAGGUCUUUUAACAUCUUCUCUUUCACGAGAACAAAUAAAAAAACUAGCAAUAGAAGAGAAGUUAGAACAAAUACUUCAGUAUAUAAACAUAAAUGAAAGGAAGGAGAAUACAAUUAAGAAUAGAGCUUUGGUACUAAAUAGACUUCAAACACAAACAAGUGUAAUGCUGCGAUCGUCGAACCAAAAAUUUCCGCCUGCUCAAGUAGGUGAUACUGUUCGAGUGCGUAUUCCAGAUAUCGAUCGAGGACGUAUGGAUUACCAAAAUAUCUUGGCUGUUGUAAUAGUCGUUGAUAAUGACUUCUACAAAUUAGGAACAAAAUAUGGGAUUAUCAGUCAGCUGUACACUCGAAAUCAAUUUGCAGUGUGCAAAGAAAAAUUGAUAUCGUUAAACGACGUUUUAUCCGAUAAGACAAUGUUUUUGAGACAGGUAUCGACAGCUGCUUCCAAAAGUGGUGGCCAAGUUCCAUAUGAUGAUAGACGGCCAGGAAAUGGUAGUAUUGAACAAAAAGAGACUACAAUCGUCUAUAAUGGAUGUAAUGAUAAUAUACAUGCAUUUGGAGUCGGAUUUUUUGAUGAAAUUGUUAGAGAACAAAAAAAGAUUUGA